UUAUUAUCAAAUGAUGAGUCCUGUUAUCAACUAUACAAGCCUCGUGAGUUUAUUUCAAUCAAUUUCUUUUCUUAACUUGUUAAAUUAAUUUUUAAGAACUGUAAGUUAAAGAAAAAAUCAUGGGCAAACCAAAACCAAAUAUUAUGACUGUAAAUCAUCCUAACAGUAGAAAAACUAAACAGCUUAUAAAAUCUAAGCAUAAAACGGCAUUUAGAGAUAAAAAAAAAUUAAAUAACUUAGCGAAACCAAGUUUAUUGUGUGAGAAAUUAAUUUGGUUCAGAGAUAAUGUUGAUAAUACUAUUAGUCAAUAUACUCCAGAAUUACUUGCCAUGUUGAUAGAAAAAUACCUUAAAAGGUUUGAUAAUGAAUUAAACUUAAUCCAAGCCAAACAUAAAGACAAAAUUAAUAGAAGAUAUGCUAGUAGAGAAGAUGUAAUAAGACUCACAGUAGAUAGGGAACGCGAAGAAUAUUUAACUGCUGGUAUAGAAGUUCCGAGUAUAUUUAAUGCUGAACAGCUACUCUACUUGCGUACUUGGGAUGGUGACAUACGAUUUCUUCCUAACUUUAGAAUUAUUCGAUUUAGUUGUCCUAAGUAGAAGCUAAUUAAAAUUUUUGAUGUUAAUUUAUUAAAUAUAAUAAUUAUUUUUUAAUUUA